CGUGCCACGUCAUAUGGACGCUUACGUCGUUGCCAAGGGCAAGGUGGCUGGCGUCUAUCGGCAUUAGCAACGGGAUUCUGGUGUCAGACACAGAGAUGGAAGUAACUUCUGGUCAGCAUAGCCUUUCUGCUAACAGAUAUCUACGGUUUAAUGAACCAUGGUUGGAUUUUUGCAUUCACAAUACAUUGCUACCAGGAAGCCCAUGGCAUCAGGUGUUGACAAAGAUUAGUGCUGCCUUUGCUAAAAAUGUACAGUUGUUGCCUGAUGAUCCCAAGGAAAGGCAAAUGAUAUUCAAACUCGUAGGAAAAAACUUUGUACUAAACUAUUUUAGUGAAUAUCCAAAUGAUCCUAGUCUAUUGCAUGCUCCAAACAUGAGCAUAGUAGAACAUGAGAGAAUGGAAAAAAAAUUAAAGCAUUGGCUUUGGGACCAGUGGAAAAAAGCAGCAGAGCAAUCUGGAUGUACUACAGAUGAAGGUACAACAGAUGUCUCGCCAGAAAUGACAAGUUUUAUAAAUCACACUUUCCAGCUGGUCGAGAAUGCAAUGGAUUUGUCUUUAGCUCAACAUGAAAACAAUGAAAAGAGACACUUCUUAGAAAUGGAUGAAGAGUUUGUAUCAUGGAGAUCAUUCUCAAGGAAACGACCAAAAUCGGUUGAAAGUAAAGACCUGCAUUUGGCCAUAAACAGUACAGAAACAUUUCCAUUGAGCAUUAAUAGAGCAAAUCAGCCUGGACAAUACAACAGUGCAGCAACAAACUUCAAACACAGCAAGAAAGACUGUUGGACUACAGAUCCCAGAAUACACAGAAAACACAUUAUACUUGAACACGAUACAGUCAUAGAACUACAGAUCCCAGAAUACAGAAUAAACUACAUUUCUGGAGAUGAAGGCACCUAG